AUGGUAAACACGAUGCAGCAUUAUGAGCAGCCCGUCGUCUCUGCUCCUCCGCCAUCCGACUACUCUGGUCUUUUUGAAAACGUUACUAAAGGACUAUCAGGCAGUGAUGCGCAAGUUCUUGCUGACUACUGGCAACGGAUGAUUGAUAAUUUGGAAAUGGAUAAUCAAAACAUUAAAACCUUGCAGCUUCCACUAGCAAGAAUUAAGAAAGUUAUGAAAACGGAUGACGACGUUAAGACAAAAAUGAUUUCUGCUGAGGCACCAUUUCUGUUUGCCAAAGGAAGCGAAAUUUUCAUUACCGAAUUGACCAUGCGUGCAUGGCUCAAUGCCAAAAAAAAUCAGCGCCGGACGCUACAACGAUUAGACAUCGCCAAUGCAAUCUCUAAAUCGGAAAUGUUUGAUUUUUUGAUCGAUAUUAUUUCUAAAGACGAGUCUUUCCAUCCGCGGACAAAUGACUCGCACGCAAGUUUCGUGUUGCCGGGCUAUCAGCAAGGUCCUACUUCCAGAGCUUCUCCAUCCGUGUUUGAUCAAAUCCGGAUACCGCCCUCUCAAAUGACUGUACCGUCGCACCCCUACGCCUUGGGUCCUCAGGCCCGUCAGGCCCCUCCUCAGCAUGCCGCUUAUGCAGGCCAACCGAUGCGUGCUGUCAUGAAUCCCUCCAACCCUCAACCACAAUAUCUUUCGUAUGGACGCUCAUCUGCCUUCCCUGGCAACCCUAAUGGAAUGCAGGAGACGGGCGAAAAAGGCAUAUACAAGCAGCAGCAGCAACAGCAACAGCAGCCCCCAGGUGCCCCGGGAAAUGAGCCUGAUUACAUGCGUAUGCCUGCGCAAGGCGUCUCUGACACUUCAUCCUCCAAUAACAUGUUGGGUACCCAACGUGUCCUCAGCGUUGCCCCCUAUCUCGCUGAACACUUGUAUCGCUAUCCCCCUACGCACUUGUACGCUAUGCCAGGCGCCAUGCGUUACUCUCCCACCGUCCAGUACGGCCAACAACAAUCCUCUCAACUUUCGCAACAGCAGCAGCAGCAACCCAUGGCAGCACCUUAUGGUAGCGGAACGGGGGCUGCAACCAUGCCAAACGCUGGCGUGUAUGAACAAUCUGUGUAUGCUGGUGAUCCUGCAGGCAAUCAACCAACACAGCCUUCUCAACAACAACAGAUGCCUGCAAACAUACAGCAGCAGCAGCCCACGCAUCAGCAACAGGCUCCCAACUCGCAACAGUCAUCGCAUCUUCCACCCCAAGUCCUCUCCCAACAGCAGGUCAUGUACUCCCCAUAUGGCCGCGCCAAUGAGUAA